GGGCUAUUCUCUGUAGAAGAACGAACCAAAAGACCGGCAUAGUGUUAUAUUUUUUAUCUGGUUUUGUGUAUCUUCAUGUACCGAUUAUUUAUACAGUAUGAAAGUUACGCUGUGUAAAGAAAAAAAAUUAUAAUAUCGUCUUGAAUUUGCUCAGAUAGGUAAUACAAUUAAAAAACUUUUGUAGUGUUCUGCACACGUGUGUACAUCGUGAAGCUCUAUAAUUGUUAAACCGGUCCAAACAAAAUUUGGCGCACAGGUUGGAUCAGUAAAGUAUCGGUUAUAAACUUCGCCAAUUGUUCUGUCACAGCUGGGACAUACACAAACAAAAAUUAUGGGAAAACGCAAGAUAAAGCGAAACAAAAGCUAACUUGCUUUCAAAAAACGUUGAAGAAAUUGUAAAACACACGUCGCUGGGCUUUGGUCACUGUGGAAGGUAAAUCUUUAGGCUGUGGAGCACGCGACAACUUUAAACGUUUUGCAUGUUGCGGAGUCUGUACAUCAGCUUGAUUAACCGUCGAACCAGCCGUGAAGUGAAAGAAGAAGAAAUGUACAUAGCCUUCCAUCAAGCAAAGAGAGCGAGGUCCGGGAAAUCGAUUUUACUCCGUUCGGUGGAUGAUCAUUUGACGGAUUUUCGGCGACUAUUUGUGAUCCGUGGUAGCAAGAAAAGGCUCUAACCGGCACGUAUACGUCUGUUCAAAUAACGGAAAUAGUUGGUUGAUUGAAUUUUAGAUCAUGCCAAGUCGGUGCGGUGAGAAAAUGGUCCAUUCAUAAACCUUCCACAAAACAGCUGGAACGGUGAAAAUCGGGAGUCUGUGUCGCGCGUGGCAGUCCGACUAGGCCUUGUAGGAUUUGUUGCUUCCCAACCACAUUCAGUUGAGGUGACGAGAAAUAGAUAGCUCGCGCUGUCGUGCACCGUGUAUUUGUUAGAUUAAGUAUGUUGAGACGAGUUAAAAGAAUAGAAAAUCAAUUUAUUCUUUUGCUGUUGCUGGUUUUAUAUGACCGGGAGAGCAGGAGGUAUGCUGGUUGAGAGAAGAAGAAAAACGGUACGAGCAAGAAAGAGAGUGCAAGAACCUAAUAGCGGGAGACGACGACAACGGUGACGAUGGCGAGAGCGCGCAGAAAAGCUUGCGCGUGGUAUUUCGAAACGGAAGCUGGUUCCAACAUCGCGAAAACCGGAACGGCACCGAAAGCGAGUGUAGUACGGGCAAGCAUCUUACAGCAUCCUACGGAGGAAGACAGGCAAAAAAAAACUUACCAAAGUGACAGUUAUCCGUCGCCAUCGUGCUACAUCGGUCUGCUGGUGGCGCAGCUUCCACCGAUGCGUGGGAGAACAGAUGCAUCCGAGGAUAGAUUUGCAGCACUUUGGUUUUGUGCAAAGAUUGAACUCCAUACUUAAAAAAGAGGAAAAUCGAACAGAGGCGAGAGGUUCAUCAAAACAGCGAUAGAGUGAAUUGAUUUAGAUUUUCCUUUGAAGCACAUUCUGUUUUAGUAAUUUUUGGAACAAAGUAGUCUAGUCAGCGUUCCAUUUCCUUUUCCAAACACACACACAUUCACGUAUCGAGUAGGAAUUAGAAAGGAAAAUGGUUAUUUUUCCAACUGUAGUAGGCUUUCGUACAGUGACGUGCUUAACGUGACGAAGCUGUGCAAGGAAGAAUCUCACACGCACACCGUAUUCCCUGCCGUGGAUUGACCCGAAUGCACCACUGAUCAUCUGUGUGUAGGAAGCAGUGAAGUGAAGUGAAGUGAAUAGUUUUCCCAACCUCCGGGUUGUGAUUUUUCCUUAAAAUUUCCACGCGCAAAAUUGCGAUCUGUGGGUGUGAAUCGCGAAAUCUCGACGUACGGGUUCUUAUCACAUUCAUUUAUGUGCGUUUAUCCUCACUGUUGUAGGCCCGUUUUGUGGUGGUAGACCACACGGUAAGAGCGCUGUAAGUGUGACGCGUGUUUGCCGUUCGUGUGCCGCUGAAGAAGGUGCAUCAGUCUCCGCGAAGGGAGGAAAAACAACGCAAAGAGAGAUCGAAAAUUCUAUAUUUAUCGAAAGUGGACAGAGUGUGUGUGUGUGUGUGUAAGAGAGAGAGAAAGAGUGAGUUAGUUUUUCCUUUUUCAUGCCAGCAAUUGUGUUGUUGCCGCUGCUGCUGGGAUCAUCGUAGUCGUCCUCGACGUUGUGCUCAGUUUCGUGGUGCAAAACACACACACAGUUCGUGCGAUAUUGGCAAAACAUAGUUACGAUAGAAAGAAACAUUGUGCCGGUCUGGAUCCGGUGUCCAGUCGCUGGUAACUCCGGCUGCAAACGGAAGUCGGCCUAAGCCCGACAUCCAUCAACAGAAUAUCCGCCGGAUACACCGAUCGCUUCACCAUCCCCGGGUGGCAUCCGGGUGCGGAGGAUUUCGGAGUGAAACGGAUUCGCUACCACGGAGCUGGCCGGACCGAUAUCAACAUCAAGCGGUGCGCUAUAAUGAAGAGGCGCAAUGCCGAUUGUGGCAAAAUACGACGGCCCAUUAAGAAGAACAAAAUUGCGGAACAGAUCGGGAGCAACACCUUGCUCUACAUCAAAUUUCUUCUCCUAUGGGCGUCCGUAAUUACAGCAGACUUUUUGCUCGAAUUCCGUUUCGAGUUUUUAUGGCCAUUUUGGUUGCUGCUUCGUUCAAUAUAUGACUCCUACAAGUAUAAAGGAUUGGCGUUUUCCGUAUUGUUCGUCUGCAUAGCGGUCACAUCAGAUCUGGUCUGCCUGUUUUUCAUACCCGUUCAGUGGCUAUUUUUUGCCGCCAGUACAUACGUUUGGGUGCAGUAUGUUUGGCAUACAGAUAAAGGAAUCUGUUUGCCAACGAUAAUACUGUGGAUAUUGUUCGUAUAUCUGGAGGCUGCCAUACGAUGGAAGGACAGUCGAAAUAUACCGCAUCUAAAUCUCUGCCGACCAUUUGCCGCCCAUUGUAUUGGCUAUCCGGUGGUGACGCUUGGAUUCGGUUUCAAGAGCUACGUCGGCUAUCGCAUACGACAACGGAAGCAGCGCGAGGUGGCAAAGGAUAAUGACUUCUACAUGCAGUUGCUUCAGGAAGCAUUGCCGAAGGAAGAAUCGAGAGCAUUGGAGCCGUUGGCCGAUGGAGCAACUGGUACGGGAGGAAGCGAGCAGCUGACUGCACCGAAGGAACUAGUAGCCGUACCGAUGUCGAAUAACAAUAAUAGUCUGAAUAACAGUAGCAGUAGCACUACGAGUAACCGAAGUGAUACAGGACAGCACCACCAUCACAAUCAUCAUAAUCACAAUCAUCAUCACCAUAAUCAUCAACAGCAGCAGCAGCAGCAGCAGCAGCAUGUGAAUCACAGUAAAAGUUCCCAAAGCUACAAGUCGACGAGCAGUAGUUCCGUAGCGACGGCACAUGUUAAUGGGCACGUUGGCAGUGGCAGCUCACCGUCAUCGUCGAGUAGUACGAUGAACGGGGGUCUGAAUCACUCAUCCCAUCAACAGCAAGGCUCUUCCAAGCAUCGGAAAAGUUUGGACAAGGAUGGCAGUGCCAGCAGCAAUGCAUCGUCCAAUUCAUCCAGCACGUUCAAUGCCGGUAGUAAGAUGAACGGUGGCAGCGGUGGUAACGGUGGAACCUGCUACUUCCCCCCGACCACCACAUUCCAGCAGAUUGGUCACAGCAGCUCCUCCAGCAGUAGCACCAGUAGCAACAGUAGUAACAGCGGUAGUACCACAAUCAGUACAAAAGAAAUCACUAACACAGCAAAUCGUGGUAACGAUCAUAAUGGCAGCAUUCACUGCAACGGCAGCACGGGGGCGAAAGAAUCUAAGGAAAGCACCAUGCAAGGACUAACAGCCCGCAAAGAUUACGAAAAGGAGACAAGUAACAGUAGUAACUCGACCGGUUCGAACAGUACGUCCUCGUCUAGCUCUGGUAAGCACGGCAAUGGGCAACCGGUGGCAUCCAAUCGCUCGAAAAGCCCAACCGAUAGCGGUGCGUUAGGAAAUAAAUCGAAUGUCGGUAAACCGAACGGUCACAUCGCACAAUACCACCAAACGGAACUGGUACAACAGGGGACGGUUCAAGAAGUAACAGCACCUGGACCCGAACCGAAAGGAGGUCGUUCGGGGCGGAAAAAUCGACUCAAGAAAGCUGCCGAGCAGGCUAAUUUGUCCGCAAUCGCUAAGCUGUGUGCGACGCUUGCACUAGCCUCCUCGGUAACAACGCUUACGACGACGGCUGCGGCCACUACAUCAACCGGUGGUGGGAACGAUAAGGGAACAACCAUCACAGCGUCUUCGUACACCACCUCCGGCAGUGUGUCGUGUGCCUCCGUUAAAGACAAUCACCAGCACAACGGCGAACAGGUGAAGGACGUCAGGGAUGCUUCCAACGGCAGCAGUAGAAGCGGUAAUGUGCCAGAUGGUAAAUCAGACGGUAGCGUCUCACCGUCGGCAACUGUGACGCACAAAACGGCACCAAGCGCAACGGGAUCAUCUGGUCAGGGUUCAUCUAACGUGUCUUCUCCACCGGUUGCAACCGUGGUCGUUCAGAAGGUAUGCGAAACAUGUCCACGACUCGAAGGAGACUUGAAGAAAUUGCGGACCGAGUUGUCAUCUCACCGGCAGACAGAGAAUGAGUUGCGUCAAAAGUAUGAUUCCAAUACGAACAAUCUGAAGGCGUGUCUACAGGCCAAACUGAAGGACUACGAUGAACUGCAAACCAGAUAUCAAGAGCAUUGCAACCAACGGCAACAGGAACGUCAGAAUUUGCAAACCGUUGAGAGACGGUUGGGUGAAGAACGACGACACCGACAAUCGCUGGAGGCGCAGCUCAACAAUGAGCGCAAAUAUCGCAAGCAGGCUGAGGAAAAGGCGGCCCGUGCCGAGUGUAGCGAGGCAUGCAAAAUGAAGAAGCAGCAGAUGGAAAUCGAGAUUGAUAAACUGCAGAACGAACUGCAUAACCUAGACGAGGCCAAGCUAAUGGCCGAAAAGCAGGCGCGUAAUUACGAGCAGGAGAUGCGAAAGAUGGAGCUGCAGUUACGAAAUCGAGAUGUUCAGCAAAACACCGAAGUGUUGAUGAGUGCACUGGCCGCAAUGCAGGACAAGAACGCAACGCUGGAGAAGAGCCUAUCUGCCGAAACGAGAUUUAAGCUGGACUUAUUCUCAGCCCUCGGUGGCACAAGGCGAGAGGUUGAAAUUCUCACUGGUUCGUUGCGCGAGAAGGAAAAGGAAAUACUUGAACUUAAUGCAAAAAUCGUACAGCUCUUGGCAGUCAUGCCUUCGGAAAACCUUUGCCUAACUAGCCACGGUGGUGGCACGGGAACGGACGGUGCAUCGAUGAUGCGGUUGGCUGAUGCACCUCAACUUUUGCCACAAUCCAUGACGAGCGGGCAUCUGAAUGGAAUUGGACAGAACAGUGGAGGUGGCGGCACGGGUGCAGGUGGCGGAGGUGGUAUCAGCCAACAGCCAAGCCCAAUGUCGCACAUGGUGCAGAACGGACCAUCGUUCUGCAGUCAAUUAGGCAGCCUCGGGGUGCUGACGUCCACGAUGACGACACUUCCUUCGUCGUCGGUGCUGUCCGGUCCGCACUCGAGCACCGGCACUGGUAGCAACGGAGGACAAAUAGUACAAAUGCAAAGCUCGAACAACGGUGGCUCGAACGCGGGCAACUGUCCCUCCGGUCUCGAUCCGAAUGCUACAAUUUACACGCCGAAGAACAACGGCAUGGUCGGCGGUACUGAAGCCUGACCGCAUGAGAUAUCGUUUUUUCCGCCCAGCAACGUCUCCUACUCAGCGCUCACCUCGUCAUCUCUACCGCUGUUUGUAAGCCUACCCGGUAACAGCCACACUAACACCACAUCCACCACCACUACCACGGCCACCAGCAGCAACGGUUGCAAUCUAAUAAGCGCUAGCGUGGCCAACCUGGCGCAACAAUUGAACGCACAUCAGGCUCAACACUCGUCAGGCGUUUCGGGAGCAAACAGUUUACUUUCCUCGUCACACUCUCCUUCCUUGCUGCUGUCGCCACAUAACCACCCGGUUCAUGUGCAUCAUCAUCAUCAUCAUCCCCAGCAGCAGUAUCAUCAGCAAAAGCAACAGUCCCAUCAACAGCAGCAUCGGCAGCAUCAGUCAAAUGAUCCGUUCGCUUAAUGCCAUUCAUUAGCAUAAUAUUUUUUUUUAUCCCGGGAUUUUCAUUUUUUUCUUCUUCUUAAGCUUAUUCAAUAUUUUUCCCUUCGAACCAUUUGAUUAAUGGUGUAGUUUCUUCCUUCCGCAGUGGUGAUAUUUCGCUACUCGGAAAGCUCUUUCUCUUCUACGCUAUUCAAUGUAAACACAGUUUUGCUGUCGAGCUCUUGGACAACGAUAUUGAUCUCAUAUGAAAUAAUCUCCCAGACGAGCUUGUCUGUUUUCACACUGGUGAACAUACUACGCGCUGCAUAACAGGUAACCUAAAGUUUCAAACAAAAUUGAUCUGAUAUGCUAGUUUGCUUUUUAUUUUCCUUUACUAAGUUCCUAAGUUAAAUCUUCUCUGAACACUAUCCAGUGGAUGCUAGUAAGUGUUCCACUACGCUGAACAUGACUCUGAUCUGUUAGUUCGUAACAUUAGGUAGCUUUUAGACAUACGGGGUGUUACAUUUUGGAGCGACUUCUUCAAAAAGGUUCAUCCUUAGCUGAAGCUGGAGCUUAUUGUUUUCAAAUUGGCAACGUACUUAACUGUUGUAAUCUGUAAUCUCUGUAAUGCUGGACUAAACUACUAAACUUUUUUUUCGCAAGCUUUUCUAAUGGCAAUUACCCUGUUGAACGGUUUGUUCUCUGAAAACAAAAAGCAACAAAAAUCUAUUGUUAGAAAUAUUCAGUUCCUUUUUUCUAUUUUUUAAUUAAAGCAAAAUUACUUUCACACAAAUUAUAGAUGAGAAAUGCUACUCACAAACCCUUAUUCACAACCCCAGCAGUACAUGUUUUCAUUCCUCCGCUGGUUCCCAAUAUUUUAAACGCCACAAUGCUUAGCCAACCGGUUUGUAACUUGCAAAACAAAAACAUACAUGAAAAUGAGAAUUAUCUUGCCGGGAAGGAGGAAAAUGCAGACAUAAUGUUGUGAUAUUCAUAUUACUUAAAUAUAUAUAUAUAUAUAUAUAUACACGUACAAUAUAUAUAUUCUUACAUAUAUGUAUUUUUACAAUUAAUCGUAACUCUAGAUUGUUUAUCAUGUACACACUCAAGCGCCGAUUUGGUGACAUCAACUAUUGGCGCUAAUCGAACCACACUUCCACCACUACUACACAUCUUUGGGGCGAUAUCUUUUGGAGUUACUACGCAAAAAGUGUUUAAAAUUUUUGAAUGACAGGAGCAAUCUGAAAUCGUUUAUUUAAUUAAUAUGCCGAUAAUCAAUUGCACUUUCCUUGCCUCGACUGCAUACUGCCGCAAGUACUGAUGAGCUUUGUACAGACGACAGGCUGGGAAGCGCUUAUGUGCAAGUUUGGAUGUCCAGUGACUUUUUAUCUCCUGAAUGCUUACAUCCAACUAAACAGUGGAUAUUGCAUCUUCAAUAGAUUGAUGUUUGGUGACCAGCUACACCAUUGACACAUGUAUUUAAGAAUAAAGCCGAGAAGAACUCUAUGAGGGAUUGACGUACGUUGAUAAAAGCCCAGACGACUUCACCUUUCGCUUGGCAGUUUAUAUAAAAAAUGUAAUGAAUUUUUCGAUGAUUAUCCUCGAUCAAUGGACGUUUGGUGCGUUCGAUCUUUCUACAGUACAGUAAAGUAGUACUGUGAAGAAUAGGCUGUUUUAGGCUGUUUGUCUAUUAACGUCUUGCAAAAAGUGCUCACAACUCUCAGUGUGAAGAAGUGUCGUCUGUGCAAAGCCAAAUGUUCGAAGAAUGUUAAGUUAAGCUAAAUUGCUUCUGAAUGCAUCGUUUUGUUUUUGUUCAUCCAUAACAGCACGAACGAUUUAGCCGUUAGUCGUUUUGCAGAAUGUUUUAUUUGCAAUGCCAUUAACUCAUCCGUUUAGUUGCUUUUAUAUCACAACACAAAUUGAUUGCAAUUUCCGUAAACGAAAGUGUCGCUAAAAACAUCAUCAUUUGCGACAAGGCAACUUUGUGAAUGCUGAAAUUAAGGCUACCACGAAAGCUUGUCUAGUCCGAGCCUGUGUCGGAAGGGUGACUAACAAAAAAAAAAUACCAACAACAGCCACGAUUGUUCUGGGUGACGAAGCUGGACGAAAUUACAAACUAAAGAAGAAGCAUAUAAUUUAUCAUAGAACAUAAUUUGUAAGAUGCGCAAAGUGCAAAAGAACAAAAGAAAAUACCGAAACCAUGACAAGCCAAGCACUAACGUACGAAUACAAUUGAAGUAGAAAUGCGACGAACGGAGAAACACGCGCGCAAUGAAACAUGUAUUAUAGAGGGAAACAAGUAGAGAAAAGCAGCACAUCGCAAAGGAGAGAGACAAUUAGUAAACGAUAAGGAAAUACACUUACACGGACAGCAAAUACAACAUACUGCAAGAAAUAUCGAGAUUGGUUAAGGAUAAAAACAAGUGAAAACAUAAAGAACAUAAAAUCUGACGAAUGCAGACAAGAUAUGGUGUAAUCACACUAAAGAAAAUAAACCAGAAAGUGAUAAUGCAAAUGUAAAAAUGGAAGCCGAAAAA